AUGGAUAGAGUACGCUCUUUGAUUGGAAAUCGCCGGGGACGCCGACAUAAUCGCCAACAUCCUCCGUAUCCUCACAGUGGGUCUCCAUCCACCGUCAAUCUCUUGGGAGCUAAUGGUUAUGGAGACGACCAAUCUACAAUAUUUGCACGAGAAAAUGAAUCUCUGGAAACCUCUGCCAACGAGGGCGAUGAUAGUGCGGAUGCAGCUACUUUGAAUACAGCGGUAUCAGAAGGCUCAACAAUUGGAGACCUACAAAGACAGGGUUAUGUUAACAGAGCCCCAAGAUUCACGUCAGAAAGAGCCAUGCCAUUCGUUUCGGUGCUACUACAACGAGGGUUUUUUGCAUUCCCCAGUGAAGAAUCUCUCCAGCUAUUUUUACACAACAAGAGGAAGCUCGAUAACAUUGAUCCAAAGAGGGGUCUAGGACUUCCCCUAUUUCACGCCAUUUCUUUAAACCUGGUCAAGUCGCUUUUCAGUGAUCAAAAUACACCGGUAAUGAGGAUAUAUAAAUACGUUAUGAUAGACUCCCAAUGCGAUAAACCUCCAUUAAACUCAGAAGUGGUCUCUCGAAUAAACGAAAAUGUCUCCAUAUAUAAAUAUGAAUUCUGCACUAUUCUAAAAAAAAUGGAAAGCCAUAAUUUUUCGAGCAGGGUAGAGCACGAUUUUAUAUUUCAUAGAAAAGAUGAACCUGAUGUUCAUAUCCCCAUGAUUAAUUACAAUCAAAGGAAAAAUGCGGAUACGGCAAUUCAUGGAUUAAAUCUUCGUUGGUACGGGACAACUAGUUUAGCUUCACCUUUUGGCUCAAAUAGCAUCAACCUACUUGUACUCGAUGAUACGAUGGCAUCCUACAUGAACCAACAAACUAUUGAAGAGUUUGAUUCUUACAGCCGUUCCCGUCCCACAAGACCGCUGGGUUAUCUCCCAGUAUGGGCCAGAUACACAGAUGAUAAAGUUAGUGUCAUACCGAAAAAAAGAACUUUGAGAGUAGCUACCUUGUACUUACAAGAAACUGAUUCGUUUGAUGAUGGCUCUAGUUUAACAUCUACCAAUUAUACUGAAAUGGGCUCUAAUAUCAUUGAAAAUGUGCCGUGGGAUAGUCAGAUACUUACUUGCAUGUGCAUGCUAUUACAUGAAUAUGAAUCAAGAAAGGAGAAACGCCACACCGCAUGGGGCAGCUCGACCACAUAUAUGCUAAAUGGACCGGCAGGAUUACUGAUGUAA